UGCCGAUCAUCCCGACCUUCCUGUACGCCAUGGAGCAUCCCAGUCCGGAGCCGCAGACCGCCCAGCCCUCCCUGCUCCCUCUGCCCAGCCUCGGCGCUCCGGUCCUGGGCACGCAGUCUGAGCACAGCCCCCAGGCGUCUCCUCUGGUGUCCCUCUUUGACAACACCACCUUCGGCCUGCAGGAGCCGACCCCCGACUCAAAGCCCACCGACCAGACGACCACGGAUCCGCUGGUGGACAACACGACGGACUCCACGGAGUCCUCGUGUCUUCAGGACAGCGUGUUUCUGGAGGAGGAAAAUGUUCGUGUUGGUUUGUUGUUUGCCUCCAAAGCUCUCAUCCAGCUGCUCGUCAACCCCUUCGUCGGCCCGCUCACCAACAGGGUCGGGUAUCACAUCCCCAUGUUCGCUGGUUUCAUCAUCAUGUUUGUGUCGACCAUCA